CACAUCGAGUCUAGGGGUUAACAUUGUUUCGAGGGAUUUCCCCAGUCGACGUCGUACAUCGCAUCUGAGCCUUUCUGCAGUCUUCGAGGCCGCACCCUUUCGUUCCUUCCUGGCCGCUGCUUGUGACUACCAGAAAUUACAGUCGGUAGAGAGAAACUGGCCUCGACACAGAGAUGAACUGAGUUUGGUUCCCACAGAGCAUUAAAUUGAAAUCAGAAUUACUAACCCAGAAACACAACUUGUGAGGUAUGGAUUGAUGAUAAAAAGGAAUACUGAAUUUUAGCCAGUGCUUCUCAGAUUGCUCCCCAGAAACUGCUUAUCAUCGUUUGAGCGUAGUAUGUAUUACGUCACAGGAUAGAGCGUUGUUCGUUUUCAUGGCCCCACACCAACCACAUUCUAUCACGCACCCUUAACGCAUUUAACCCAUUCUGGCCAUCAGCACCUUUGUUGACCUGCAGGUCGGACGGCGCCCCACCAAUUCGUGUCGUAGGUUCACAGUGAAUGAGGAACUCUGCUUUUUCUCACCAAUCAUAUGCAAAGAAUUGAUGUGCAAACCACGCGCCACUGAUUGCAGAAAUAAUUUGGCGUCAGAUUGCCUUAGUGCCCAUGUAUCUAGCAGGUUCCUAGCGGCACAGAACACCAAUCGUGCCCUGCCUUUGAACUUGUGGGUGCAAUUGAUUGAUAGAAGAGUGACCUUCAUAACAGCCGACGACGGCAGAUUUUCUUUUUCUUUUUUCCUUCUGUUUUUCAACAACAGCUCUUCAAAACUUCUCUCUCUGUCUGAGAGUUGGUUGCAAGGAAUUGGGUACGAGGAACUUAGGUCUCCUUGGCAACUUGAAUUUUGCCUGCCAUCAGCUUCUCUAGGUAUUUCACCAGCUUCAAAUUGUUGGGGUUUCACCAAAGAUUCGCCACUGUGUAAGGUUGUCGAGGAUGGCUAGCGUUGGAGAGCUGUACGAGCGGGAUAUUCAACCAUCACAGAGUGAAUCUUCGGGACUGGGAAUUUUGUGGACCCGGACUCCUAUCAAUUGUGGAAUUUCUUCGUUGAGUAAUGUCGCCUACUCUAUGGAUGACAGGGAACCUGAAGGAGGAUGCAAGUCGCGGGCAUUUGACAAUCACAGUGACGGGAGGGCGGAAAGAUUGGCGAUUCUACGCAAUUACGUCGGCGGCAAGUCAGCCACGCCUGAUGUGUCGCGCAUUCGAGCUCCACGAAAAGGUGGGAAACGCCACCAUAAUGUGGCCAGUGGCGAUCGGAGCCUUUUGAUGUCGUUGAAAGAAGGUGGCGACUCUGAAAACGCAAACGUGGAUGGGAUGAAGCGCUUCCGACCCAAACUACUGAAGGGGUUGCCCAGCUACGUGAAGAUUGUAGAAGUAGGGCCACGAGAUGGCUUGCAGAAUGAGAAGACGACUAUCCCCACCUCCGUUAAGGUGGAGCUUAUCCGCCGGCUUGCUGGGGCUGGCUUACCGGUCGUAGAAGCGACGAGCUUUGUCUCUCCUAAAUGGGUGCCGCAGCUUGCAGAUGCAAAAGAUGUCAUGGCUGACGUCCGGAAUUGCAAGAGCAGGUGCCAAUUUCCAGUGUUGACCCCCAAUCUCAAGGGUUUAGAGGCAGCGAUAGAAGCUGGAGCGAAAGAGGUGGCAUUUUUCACUGCAGCCUCGGAGUCAUUCGUCAGGACCAACAUCAACUGUAGCCUUGAAGAGAGCUUGGUCCGUGGCCGUCAGAUCUGCAAGGCAGCUCAGGGGCGAAACAUUCCUGUUCGUGGGUAUGUUUCCUGUGCAAUCGCAUGCCCCAUCGAAGGGCCAGUGCCGGCAGCGAAAGUUGCUUAUGUGGCGAGAGAACUCUACGACAUGGGAUGCCACGAGAUCUCCCUCGGUGACACCAUUGGCGUUGGCACGCCAGGGACAGUUGCGCCGAUGCUCGAAGCUGUAAUGGCUGCGGUGCCAACUGAGUGCCUUGCAGUGCAUUUCCACGACACCUAUGGUCAGGCACUGGUGAACAUCCUCAUCGCACUACAGAUGGGCAUCAAUGUGGUGGAUUCAUCAGUGGCGGGUCUGGGUGGUUGCCCUUAUGCUAAAGGAGCCACAGGAAACGUGGCCACGGAGGAUGUGGUGUACUUGUUGAACGGCCUCCGCAUUCAACACGACGUCGACCUGGACAAGGUGAUUGCAAUCGGUGAAUUUAUUUGCGACCAACUGGGCAGAACUCCUUCCUGCAAAACCACAGUCGCCACCAUAGCCAAGCUCCAGUCGGAGAAAGCUAAAUUGUGACAACCGCUCGCACUUAGGACAUCCACACAACAUUUUCAUCCUAAUUUAAUUGCCAAAUUCAAGAUUGCUGACUGAUUCAAUUCUUCCAUUAGAACCUGCCACUCGCAGCAAAUCGACUGUUCGCGACGUACUGUAGUAGACCAAAUCAACUUCAUAUAAAUUAUUACUUUCCCAGUAAGACGAUGCAGUUGAUUGAUUGUCAGACUUCAACAUUUUGUCACAAUUGAA